UGUCUGGCCAAUGAUAGACGAGUGUUUAGUAUGGGAAAGAGUGGUAUUUGAUUCUUUAAAAGUUUCAAGAAAAAAACCAAAAGUUAUACGUAAAUGGUUUUCUUGGAGCCCUCAGUCUUUUACUGAGGGAAAAGCUCCGGUAAAAACGGCUAAGCUUGUUUAUCUUAAGUGAGGAAACUGGACUGCAACACUCUAGUAGAGAUAGACCUU